AUGAGAAGUACAAUAUUUAUGUUUUUGUUACAGUUUGUAACACUUCUUCCAAUAGUCGUAAGUGCUAGGAAGUUUGAUGGUAUGAAUGAACAAAAACCAUUCUAUUCUUUAGCGGAAGAUUAUUAUAGCUACGAUGAUGGUGAUGCAUAUAUACCCAAAGUCCACACACUAUAUUCAGGUAUAACUACUUUUGGACAUUUGCCUGCUCCAAAUUGCUUGGCUAGUCGUGGUAUCGACUAUGAUAUUGCGUUUGUAGGCGCACCUUUUGACAUGGGGACCUCAUAUCGGCCUGGAGCUCGCUUCGGCCCCAGCGGUAUUCGAGAAGGAUCACGUCGUCUCGACCCUGCGUUGUACAACGUUCCAUUAAACGUGUAUCCAUUUCAAUCAUGGGCAAACGUAGUAGACUGUGGAGAUGUGCCCAUGUCGAACUAUCAUAUUCCGAAUGCCAUGAAGGAAUUGGAAGAAGGCUAUUAUCACCUACUUACCAGAAAGCCCACUUCGUUUCACGACCGCGAGGGUUAUGCUCGAAAUGGAACUGUGUUACCACGUCUCCUAACCAUGGGUGGAGACCAUACCAUCGUACUUCCCAUUCUUCGAGCUUUACAUCGUGUCUAUGACAGACCUAUAUCAGUGAUCCAUUUUGACAGCCAUCUCGACAGUUGGAAACCUGGUAUCCUCGGAGACGGUGUCGAUAACGAUGGCCUGAAUCACGGCACCUACUUCUACUGGGCCAGCAAGGAAGGUGUACUGAGUAAGGAUGCAAAUAUUCAUGCUGGUAUCCGUAGUCCUCUUUCUGGAUUGAAGGAUUAUGAAGAUGAUGCGACUUGUGGAUUCCAAGUCAUUGAGGCUCGCGAAAUUGAUAAAAUCGGGGUAGAGGGUGUCGUGAAGAGAAUUCGGGAUCGCGUUCAGGAUAAUUUGGUUUAUCUAUCUAUUGACAUCGAUACACUAGAUCCUGCUUAUGCCCCUGCCACGGGGACACCAGAAAUUGCUGGGUGGUCCAGUCGAGAAUUCACAGAUAUCAUUCGUGGUCUGAAUGGGCUAAACUUUGUUGGUGCUGAUAUCGUCGAAGUAUCUCCUUCUUAUGAUGUUGCCGAGUUGACUACACUUACUGCUGCGAACAUUCUUUUCGAUAUUGUUGGCAUGUUCGUAAAAACUCCUCUUGUUCGAUCCAAGGAAGUAUAA